AUGAUAGGGUCGCAAGGGACGCCAACACGAAUAUUUCUAGAAACGAAUAGAAGAAGAAAGAAAAUAAUAGCAAUGAUAUCAACAACAACAACAAAACUCGUUUCCGGUUACAAAACGUCGACGGAGCAACCGUGUUGGUCUGAUUUCGUCGAGAUCCGGUGGAGGGGGUGGGACCCGUUUGACGAAAACAAACUCGCGCACGGACUUUCACCGGCAGAUCGCGCUAAGCGUACGCCAGACCCAGAGGGCGCGUGCACCCUCGCCCCGAAAGAAAAGUGA